CCAGACAAUUACUUCAGACCUUCUUUCAUCGUCCUCUUGGUGCUGGUCCUUUAUCCAAGUCUGCUGUUCUGUGCACUGAGGGAGAACACCUGCGAUGAAGGGCAUACUGAGUCGACCAUCCAGUCGGGUGGUCAAGCCUUGAUUGUCGGUGUGUUCUCAUUUCAUAACAAAGGCUCUGGAAAAUAUGGAUGUGGAGAGACUAAUACAGUGUCAAUGCAGGCGUAUGAAGCGAUCCGGUGGACCCUCGAUUUAUUGAACAAGAAAGGGGAGUAUUUCAAUGGACAAUAUUUAACUGACAGCUAUGUACCCGGAGUACUUUUGGGAAUGGUGGCCAAGGAUUACUGCGACCAGCCGUCACAUGUUAACGUGGUUCUCCAGGAAGCCAUCUCAAAAAUUGAUACCGAAAAUUGCAACUUACCAGCCGGACGAAGACAAACCGAAUCGAAAAUGUUCCUGGGUGUUAUUGGAGCCAGUAGUGACACUGCUACAGUAGAACUGGCCGAAUACACGACCCAGCACAAGAUUCCGUUGGUUACUUACAUUGCUUCAACUUCGAGACUUAGUGACGGAAACAAGUACCCAUAUAUCGUUAGAACUGUCCCUGCAGAAAAGCCACUUCUGAGCGUUUUGGUGGAAGUCCUCGAACGGCUGAACUGGAUCUUUGUCACCGUCGUUUACACGGACGACCCUGACACCAUAGCGGCCUUCAUGCAGUUACGCGAAAGAAUGUCAGAGAGGAACCUGUGCCUGACCGCUGCGAUCAGCACGCCCAGCCAGGACCUUUCCACAGCGAGCAUGGAGAAAGUCCUCAGCCAGGUAAAAGCGGCCGGCAGUAAAGGCGUAAUCUACCUUGGAUCGGAAUUAGUGGCCAAUAAGUUAUUCCACGUGGCCAACACCUCCCCUGAGGCAGCUGAUCUACAAUGGAUUGUCACUGAUUCUUUAUCCUUGGCCAAUGAUUAUACAAAUAACACAUACAUUCGAGGAAUGGUGGCAGUUUUGACUGGAACACGCUUCAUCGUAGAAUUCGAAGAUCACUGGAAGCGCAUCAACGAAUCGAACCCUUCCAAUGAAAACCCCUGGAUUAAAGAAUGGUACAUGACGCGAAACAAGUGCAAAUUUCCUGGUGUGCUACACUCUCCGUUUAACUUCUAUCCAGACUGCGUGUUACCCAGUGAAGAGGAAAAGAGGAUUCAUUUUUCUCAGGACCAAUAUGUAGAACCUGCUGUUCAUGCUGUGUUUACUUACGCGCGGGCCCUAAAAACGGCUCAAAAGAAAUUGUGCGGCAAUGUUGCCGGAAUAUGCCCGGCUCUGUUGAACCUUGAUAGCAAAGAUUUCGCCGAGCAGUAUCUAAAGAAAGUGCAAUUUACAUACAAAACCGACGAAAGGAUUUCUAGUUUGGCCUCUGAUAGAUACGCGCCUUACCAGAAAGCCAAACACCUGAGCUUUGAUAAAAACGGGGAAAUAAUCAGCCCCGAGUUUGGGGUUUGGAAUUACAACAGAAUGUUGAAUAAAAACUUCAGGUUUAGAAAUGUCGGAAGUUACUCCGAUGGUCGGUUGUCUUUGGACACAUCGAAAGUCUUCAUGUUUAGCCCCAAUCGAACGACAGAGCUGUCGUCUCUACCGACAUCGUUAUGUCCGAAUGCAACGUGUCAGCCAUGUUUAGGCUCUUUCGUGGAUAUCAAGUACUUCUUCAGAAACGGCGAUGUCAUCUUAACGAGUUUCUUCUCUCUCCAUAGUAAAGGUGAUUUGCCGUUUAGCUGUGGUUUAUUCACAACAGACAGCGCCCAGAUGCAGUAUCUCGAAGCAGUGUUGUACGCCAUAGAUAACCUUAAAAGACUGUUUCCUUCGUUACUGCCUGGAGUGAAGCUUGGAACCUUAAUAUUAGACGAUUGCAGUUCGUCGAGUAGUGCCAUAUCACAGGUUUCGGACUUACAACACGGACGACUCAUGGUGGUCGACUCUCUCACUCGUUCUCCACUCCAGCCUAGAACCAUAUCAGGGUACUUGGGUCUAUCUGAUACCUGGCUUACUGUACCCUUGGCAGAGACCAUGGAUCGUCUGGAGCGGCCGUUCGUCGGUUAUACCGCCAUGGGCUAUCAGAUGAAACCGUCUACCAAUGAAUUCCCAUUCUAUUUGAACCCGUUACAGCUACACUCAACACUCAUGCGAGUACUCUCUCAGUUUCUUCGAAAUGUCGGAUGGAAAUACAUACAGGUGUUGUAUUCAGAUGAUUCUUACGGCGAAAAUGGCCGAAUGGAACUAAUCAAAGAAGCGGCAAAAUAUGGUAUUUGUGUGGUUGCAAGCCACUCAGUUGACAAGCUACAGAAGAGCACUGAGUUGAUAAAUGCGCUUAGACGAAACCCGAACGCAAAGCCUGUUGUGGUUCUUGUCAAUAGUAAGGAAUCUAUUCGGAGAAUUCUGGAAAGUAUCCGAGCCGAGGCGGCUGGCGGAAAAUUUACUUUCAUUGGUUUGGACAGUUGGGGAACAUCAGACCAAAUAGUAAAAGGUUUCGAGACAGAAGCGGACGGCACGUUGAUAUUUCGUUACAAGACAGCGGCGAUUGCCGGAUUUCAAAACUACUUGGAUUCACUAGAUGUUCAGAAUCAUGCACACAAUCCUUGGUUCAUCGAAUGGUUUCAAGAUAUGUUUAAAUGUGCCCUCACUUCUGCCGAUGUAGCGAAGCACGGCCAACUUUGCAGCGCCACGUUUGUCAAGUCUAAAAUUACGUCCUCGCCUUGGUUUGAACUCGACCCGAGAGCGCUGUUCGUUACCGAUGCUGUCUAUGCGUUCGCUCACGGUCUUGAUAGUUCUUUGAGGGAGGUGUGCGGUCAGAAUUACACAGGUGUCUGCAGCAAGUUCUUAACGUCACGUGACAGUGGAGAGAUACUCGUCAAGAACAUCAAAGCAGCCAAAUUCAGAGACGAAAACCAACACUUUUUUUCUUUCGACAAGAAUGGUUUUGGCAACAUUCCUUUCGAAAUAUUCAAUUACAAUUCCAAGAAAUAUGAUCUGGUGGGUGAUUACAGCCUAAUCAGUCAACGGUUUUCCUUGAACGAAAACAGCCUCAAACUAUUCGGUGGAGCGUCAGUGACGUCGGUGCGUCCAUCUUGCAAAGGAAAAUGUAUCUCGUGUCAGUAUAUGUCAAACGAACAACCAACGAUGUUCAUACCUGGAGAUCUACUCAUCGCCGCCAUGUUUGAUAUCCACAGUGCAGAUCAAUCCCCGUUCGUUUGUGGUCCCAUGCGCAUUUACGGAGGUUUCCAAAAUACUGAGGCCUUUGCUUUCGCUCUCGAUUGGGUUAAUCGAGGUUUAUUAAGUGAUGUUUCCUUAAACGAUAUCACUCUUGGAGGGAUUGCGUUUGACGGUUGUUCAACACCGGCUCGAGCCAAAUCGAUAACUUUGAACUUCAAUCACGGUCUAUUGAACACCAGCAAACUGGAAAUUCCUGACGUUAAGAUUUCGCACACGAUGGGUUGGUUCAGCUACGACAGCGGAAGCACCAAAGACAUGGCACUGAUCGCCCAAGACUUCAACGUCCCGAUCAUCAGUCCAGGCGCCACUUCACCGGACCUCCUCAACAAACAGCGCUUUACCACGUUUUUCCGGACGAUACCUUCCGACCAGAGAACCUUACAGGCAAUGGCAGACCUCGUCAAAGAGUUAGGUUUUACCUAUGUCAUCACCCUUAACGCACCCGACGUUGGCAACAGGGAUGCGAGGGACGAAUUUCACCGGUUGGCCGGUUUGCGUGACGUGUGCAUUGCCGCUUCAUAUGAAUUCAUCACAGAUGGAACUUAUAAAGACAUCAUUUACCAUAUUGUACGCUCCAGUACUCGAGUCGUUGUUGUGUUCUCUGAACCCGAUCACCACAUCACGGCCCUUUUAAAAGCCAAGCAGACCUCACUCGCGGCGCAAGACAUCAUUUUCUUGUCCAGUCGACCCUGGUAUGGCAAAGUGAAAGUCCCUACGUCGGUUUACGAAAAAUCGAUCAUGUUCCAGACGAAGUUCCCGAUUCUUCAAGAAUUUAAGUCAUGGCUCCAGCAAAAGACCCCAAGCAACAGUAAAAACCAAUACAACCCUUGGUUUCACGAGUACUUCGAGAUCUACUACGGGUGCUUUUUGGGUACAAACUGCACCAUCAGCGAUUCGCUCGUGGACAAUCGGUUCGAACAGAACCACCAAGUGGUUCCGACCAUAAAUGCUGUGUUUUCUUUGGCCAAAGGCAUUCAAAUGACCCUUCAGCAAAAGUGUGGCGUGUCGUAUAAGGGCAUCUGUGACAAAUACUUGACCGAUCUGGACACCAGACAGACGAUAAUGUCCAACAUGGACAGAAUGGCGUUGACCACUAUUAAUGGAAGUUCCUUCCGGUUCACUAACCGGGAGGUUGAAGGUGUGGUUGAGAUCAGUUACGUUAAUAAUGGAGUUAUUCGUAACAUGGCUGAGUACUCCGGUAAAUCCCUGGAUUACUUAACUGAUAAGAACAGAUUAAUCAAUGACUACAGGCUCGUCCCUUCCACCUGUAUCACGUCUUGCAGUAAAUGUGAACAAGCUUCCAAGACGGACAACCAAUUCGUCUUCUCUUCCGGAGAUUUCACCGUGGUCGGGCUCUUUGACAUACACAAAAAAGGACCCACUCCGUUUAGCUGCGGAGCCAUUAACGACGAACAAGGAUACCAGCUCGUGGAAGCGUUUAAUUAUGCAGUUGAUUAUGUUAACAGUAACAAAGGCAUUUUUGCAAAUAUUCUUCAAGGUGUCACAAUUGGUUCUCUCGCUGUUGACGUUUGCCAAAGUCCAUCAAAAGCUGGUAACAUCGUAACGAAUCUACAAAACAAGAACGCUCAUCUCUUUGACAAUUCCACCAACACUUUCAUUGACCCAGCAGAUUUCCAGGUUUAUGUCGGACCUUUCGAUAGCGAAUCUUCCCUACGCGUUGCAGAUAUUCUCACUAAAUUAGGAAUCCCUCAGAUCAGCUACGGUGCCACAAGUGCCGAGCUCUCUGGCGAUCGGUAUCCCUUUUUUUCAAGGACUGUCCCAUCGGACAGCAAGCAGGCGCGAGCGUUUGUUUCAUUUUUGAAACGCUACCAGAUCAAAUAUGUCCAAUUAAUCAGCACUGAAGAUACAAUUGGACGGUAUGGGAGACAGGAAUUUGCCAAAGUGGCCUUCGAAAACAAAAUAUGUAUCACGCAGAACAUAAGCUUACCGCGAAAUGAGUUUCUUACUCAAGUUGACGCUGAAGUCGCAAUCAAUAAACUUGCCUUCCAGGACGAGACAACGGUUGUCGUACUUUUUGUAACAAACCCGCGUCGUCUGCUUGUUUCGGCAGAAAAGAACUACAAUAGCACCUCCCGUUAUUUGUUUAUGGCUACUGAUAAAUGGGGCGCCGACCCAGACAUGUUACAAGACCUAGAUAAACUGUUAUCGAAACGUCAAAUCGUUAUAUUUGAUGUAGAAACGGCUGAUCUACCGGACUUCGAUAAAUACCUCGAUACGAAGAGUACAAGAACGAACAACAAUAAAAAUUGGUUCAACGAGUAUUACGAAGAACUUUACAGCUGUACAACCACUUCCAACACCUCAUCGAGGUUUCCUACAACGUGCAGUGGAACUAGCUAUCGAACUUUACCGAUAGCUCCGAAAUAUAUUCAGGAUCCUUACGUACUUUUUGUAGUCAAUGCAGUCUUUGCGGCCGCCAUUGGGAUUCAUGGGGCAUUGCAAGAAGUGUGUGGGCGCAAUUAUGACAUCAUCUGUCAAAGAUUUAUAUCUUCCGACCAAAGACCUGUUAUUCAAAGGAACAUUCUGUCAUCCCAAUUUAUAGACCCGGGUCUGCAGCCAUUUUACUAUAUGAAAGGAAGCGAUGACAGCAUCCGAGGUUACCAUAUAUAUGAACCAGUUGACACCAAGCAAUACAUAAACAUCGGCAGUUAUAACGAAACCGAUAAUCUGAAAUUGGACUACAGAUACAAUGUAGGCUGGUCGUCAUCCUGCUCAGCAGCCAGCUGCCCCAAGUGUGUUUUCCCUCCAUCGGAACCGACCCAUUAUAUGACCAUGACAUCGCCAAACGAUCUCAACUUAGUCGCCAUCUUUGACAUCCAUUUCGCAGACGAUAAGGAGUUUAACCAAUGCGGCAAGUUAAACACAGCUUCCGGCUUUCAACACGCUCUAGCUUUCUUCUAUGCCAUUCGAAACGUCAACCAAAACACUCGGAACAGACUAGCAAGCAGUCUGCAGUUGGGCGGUGUUGCCCUGGACACGUGUUCGUUACCGGUCACCCUCGGACAGGAUGUCUAUAGCCUCUUGACCGGAAGCAUUAAAUGCAGAAAAAAUGGCAUUAACGAAGUAAUCUUCCCGCCAGCCAGUAUCGUCGGUUUCGUACCGAAAGCUAGCAGCAACGCAGUACCAAUCGCCGACAUGCUGAGGGACUACGACAUCAUGACACUCAGCCCAAGUGCUACAACGACCAAACUGAGCGACCGAUCGAUCUACCCUCACUUUCUCAGAACCGUUCCACCGGACGAUCUCCAAGCAAAAGUAAUGAUGGAUAUCCUGAAGAAAAUGCAAUGGACGUAUGUGUCCAGCGUUUAUUCCGACAACGAAUACGGCCUAAGUGCCAUCGAAACAUUUCUGAAGGCGGCCGAUAACGACACAGCGGUCUGUGCUACGAAGAUAAUUUCUAUGCCACUAAACGCUACGCACAAAGAAGCCAAAGAUAUUGUUGAAAGAUUGAAUCGCGAAGCUGGUGCCAGAGCCGUAGUUCUAUUUGUUAAAGACAAUCAGAUAAGACUAUUGCUGCAAGCAGCCAAGGACCUGGAUUUGGUCAACCGUUUCGUGUGGAUCGGCAGUGACACAUGGGGAAGCAACAUGUAUGUGGUCGGCAACGGUCUGCAAGAGACGGCAGCCGGUGCCAUCACCAUACAAAUCAGAUCGAAAGUGCUGAAAGGCUUCAUGGAGUACAUGAAACAACUGACCUUAGAAAAACACGAUGGAAUCCCAGACGAUUGGUUCUACGAUUUUUAUCAGGACAUUCACAAAUGUCGUCUGCUCUUUACUGACAGAGCGAAAAAUUACGAUAGAAUCUGUACUAGAAACGAAACGAUAACAGACGACAAAAUACAGCAAGAUGCAUUCCUUUUCCACACAGUUUUGGCCGUUGAAAUGAUAGCGAUUGGACUCAAUAAUAUCAAGGAGUGCCGACAAGACACGACAGUGACUGUGGCCAGCUGCUUAGCAUUACAGACGAACAAGAGCGCCUUAAUCUACGACAACGUUCGUAAAUCUCCGUGGAUCGAUCUUCAUUUAAGUGACAAAGACAUCCCCAGUAAUUUUUCCUUCAAAUUUACUGAAGCUGGUUACGGAGAUAUUGGUUACGACAUUAUGAAUUAUCGAUUCAACAUCUACAAAAACGAAUACGAAUAUGUAAAGAUUGGAUCAUGGGCCGACUCUUUGAGCCUCAACAUAUUGGACUAUCGAGGGCCCGAAUAUGCGGAUAUCGCGAUUAUUCCACUGUCACGUUGUCCUGUCGGAAGUACCUGCAAUUGCCUGAAUGCUAAAGCAGAAAAAGUCCAACAAUCAACACCUCAGUCAGAUUUAUUAACUUCGGGAAAAGAUAAAAUAUACAUUGACCCAGAAACGGGUGCUUUCGUCAAUCUUCGGAGCCUCCCGUCUAUAGGCGAACGAUUCACCAGCGUCUGGGGCACCAUUGCAACGACAUUGGCCGCUCUUGGGGCUUUUUUCUCCUUCUGUUUGUUCUGCUAUUUCAUACUUUUCUACCCGUUCCGAGGAGGCACAACCAUUCUUGGCUUCACGCUGAUUAUUGCUAUUACUGGACUCUAUUUAAUGGUUAUUCCGUUUGUUGCUCACGCCACCCCAGAAGUUUGCAGUAUCCGAAGGGUGUUUCUGGGGUUCUUUUACGCUUUGGCCUACGCGGUGCUGGUGGUGAAACUCCUCGACGCCUACCGAAACAUCGACAAGGAAGAACUGAAAUACAAAAACCUAGCACAACCUUGCGCUUUGCUGUUGAUCACUCUCUUCAUUGUGGCCAUCCAGUUGAUGAUAGCUAUCCAGUGGUUAAUUCUACAGCCGCCAGAGGUCGUUAACGUGCCCGUGGCCGGCGCGCUGUAUCCUCGAUGCGCUCCACACGACUUCUCCGACGAAUCGCUGGUCAUCUCGUUCGUCUUCGUCAUGUUCCUGCUUUUCAUUAGCGUGCUAAUUGCUUCGGCCACGUGGAACAACCCGAACAAUUGCUACGAAUCGCAGUGGAUUCUGGGAAUGGUUCUCCUCAGCAUCCCCGUGUGGGUGAUUUGGUGCUUGAUCGCCACUCUUAGCAGCUACAACGUGCGGGACAUCGCAGUGGCCGGUGGCAUUUUGGUGAAUGCCACCAUCUUGCUGGUCAUUGGGCCGCUCUACCGACUGAGGCUCAUGAAGAAGGACAAAGACAUGCAACCUUCGGAAAAAGACGAUUAUUAUCUCUACGACAGCGGCAUAAAUGAUGACGAUGUAUUUUACGGCAAUGGUUAUAACACUGGUCCACGUAUCAGAGACUACCCAGCCUACCCGCAGUAGUCCCCGACAACACAGGCACACAGACGCUGCAAAAAAUAAUCCGGAAGACACAAACAGAAAAAGGACAAAGAAGAAAAAAAGCCACCUAAAAAAAAAAAGGAGAGAAGAAAGGGAGAUAAUCACCUGGCUGUCUUCGGAAAUGGUGAGCUCAAUUGAAGAAGAGAAACUAAAAUGGAAUUAUGAAGCCUGCGUCAGUAAUAAGAACCUACGAUGUGUGUGUAUGUGUAUGUUUGCGUGAAUGUGUGUGCGCGUGUGUGGUCAUGUGAUAGCAGUUGUGGUGACACGUGACAAUAUGAUAGAAUAGUUUUGUAUAUAACGAAGAGAAUAAGAGCUGUGAUUGUAUUUGACCAUUUGGUUAAUGUGUGAUAAUGUUUUGUGAUGUUAUUGUUGCUGUUGUUAUUUAACCCAUGGUCAACAGUGCUUGAGUAUCCCUUUGAUCAUACGUCUGCUCAAUGCCCUUCUUGUCCCAGUUUGAUAUAGCAGCCAAAUCUCUCUCAAACUACAGCUCAUUGUCUUACAAAAUAGAAGGCCACAUUCACUAAUGCGGUCAUACAUCCAGUAAGGUCUGAAUAAAUGGCUCGGCUGGAACGUCUUUGAUCUGAUCACAGGACUGGACUGGGGUUACAUAAAGCAAGAACACCACGAUCACCACUGCUAACACCACUAGGGCAACAGGAAACCUCUCGGUCAGCGUUUUUCAACCGCGGUUCCAAGGGACGCAUGUGGCCCUCAAGCAUCCUUCCGGCGGCUCUCGACAGUCUUCCAUCAAUAAAUAUAACAAAUUUUUCUUGAACUGACUCGCCCUUUAUUUUUUUCUGGUGCGCCCCCCUAACGAAAGCCCAGGUUUUGUAUCUGGCCCGGAUAUUAAAAUGGUCGAGAACCACUGCUCUAGGCAGUCGCUGGGCCUGCUAGAAAUAUCAGCCAAACAUCCCUCAAAAUACAGCUUACAGUCUUAGAAAAGAACACGUUGGAUGUAAUCAUGGAUUUAGAAAAUUAGAUAAAAUAGUCGGUGAUAAAUAGACUAUGAUUAAAAUAAUACAGGAUGGUCACGACCAGAGUGCUGUUGGAUCAGGAGCAAUGUAGUACUAGACAAUAUCACACGUACAUUGACACACCAUCACUACCUCCGCCAUCACCACCACUGAUAGCGUCACAAGAUUGUAUAUGUUGGUUUAACCUAUCUUUAAGUAAGUUCUCUCUGACGUUUCGGUCAGAACGUUCCCCAGUUUCAUCAAAAUUCAGUGUUUUUGUUUAUUUGUUGCCCGUCUCUCCCCUGCCCUUUUGCUGUUUUCGUUCUAACUCAACUAAUUUAACAUUCUGUUCUCAAAAUAUUGUAUUUUAAAUAAAGACUGUUUUCUAUUUUUCA